AAUAAAUCUGGCCCUCCUUCAUACCUCAUUCCUCCCCUUUGACAAGAGGUUUCCCUCCAUCGACAGAUCCAAUUCUCUUCCCAGUCUCUCAUUCAUUCCUUCACAUGCUUGUCUUCAUUUGAACAAUUGCGUUUCUGGGCUUCAGUAUUCUCCCAGGCGGGCGCAUUGCCGGCGCAGGACAGACAUGUGGCUACCCUCAGCAUUUCUGGUACUACUGUGCCUCUUACAGCUUGCAAUUUGUGCAGAAGAUUUCUACAAACUUCUAGGAAUCGACAAGCAUGCUUCAGAGAAAGACAUCAAAAGAGCCUACCGAACCCUGAGCAAAAAAUACCACCCCGAUAAGAACCCUGGGGAUGCCACCGCCAAGCAAAAAUUCGUCGAGGUAGCAGAAGCGUAUGAAGCCCUCUCUGACCCCGAAUCCCGCAAGAUCUACGACCAAUACGGACACGAGGGCCUCAAGCAGCGACAACAAGGCGGCGGCGGCCACCACCACGACCCCUUCGACCUGUUCUCGCGGUUCUUCGGCGGCGGAGGACAUUUCGGGCAUGGAGGAGGCCAGAGACGAGGCCCGGACAUGGAAGUUCGAGUCGGUGUUCCGUUGAAGGAUUUCUACAAUGGACAUACCACCGAAUUCCAAUUGGAGAAACAGAUGAUUUGUGAGGAGUGCGAGGGCAGUGGAAGUGAAGAUGGACAGGUGGAUACCUGUCAUGCUUGUAAUGGGCAUGGUGUGCAGAUCAAGAAGCACCAGCUUGCGCCGGGUAUUUUCCAGCAGGUGCAGGUUACGUGCGAUGCGUGUGGCGGGCAGGGGAAGACGAUCAAGCAUAAAUGCCCUGUGUGCAGUGGCUCACGGGUUGUGCGGAAAGUCAAUACGUUCCAAUUGAACGUAGAGAAGGGAGCGCCGAAGGGGAUGCGGAUUAAGUAUGAGAAUGAUGCGGACGAGAGCCCCGAUUAUGUCGCGGGCGAUCUGCAUGUUACUCUUAUGGAAAAGGAGGCGAAUCUCGAUGAGGAUAACGAGUUGAGGGUUGAUGGGACAUUCUUCAGGCGGAAGGGGGAUGACUUGUACUGGAAGGAAGUCCUGUCUCUCAGAGAGGCGUGGCUUGGAUCCUGGACUCGAAACCUCACACAUCUCGAUGGACACAUCGUUUCUCUCUCCCGAACUCGCGGACAAGUAAUCCAGCCAGGACAAGUAGAGAGGGUGGCCGGAGAAGGAAUGCCGAAAUGGCAUGAGGACGGGGAUAGCGUGUACCAUAAAACGGAGUUCGGGGAUCUAUUGGUGGAAUAUACGGUUGUUUUGCCAGAUCAGAUGGAGAAGGGCAUGGAGAAGGAUUUCUGGGCAACAUGGGAGAAGUGGAAGAAGAAGAAUGGGGUUGAUUUAAGGAAGGAUAGUGGCAGGCCUGAAGGCCCUGUGGGAAAUGACGUGAAGGAUGAGCUAUAGAGUGUAGGAUUAUGUAGGGCAGUAGGCGGGCAUCCCUACUAAAUUCUAGAAGUUCUUUUGCACUUUCCAAAACUCCCUCUACUUUGACAUGUUUUUGCUGCUCCUUGACGUUGUCGUCUAUACCUCGUACCGGCCAAUGAUAGCUUGGUCUUGUCUCUAGUUCAGGCUUAGGGAUUUCGUUGCACAUCUACAUAU